GAGUCCCGCCAUGCAGCCGGCCGAGCUCCAGUUCGCGCAGCGGCUGGCGUCGCACGAGAAGGGCGUCCGGGAGCGGGCGGCGAGGAGGCUGCGCCAGUACAUCAGCGCCAAGACGCAGAGGGAGGCAGGUGGCUUCACUCAAGAGGAGCUGCUGAAGAUCUGGAAGGGCCUUUUCUACUGCAUGUGGCUGCAGGAUGAGCCCCUCCUGCAGGAGGAGCUUGCGGUCACAAUGUCCCAGCUCAUCCAUGUUGUGGACAACUCAGAGGCGCAGCACCUGUUCAUCCAGACCUUUUGGCAGACCAUGAAUCGCGAAUGGAAAGGAAUAGACCGCCUGCGGUUGAACAAGUACUACAUGCUCAUCCGACUGGUCCUCAGACAGUCCUUUGAAGUUUUGAAGCGAAAUGGCUGGGAGAAAAGUCGGGUCCAGCCCCUUCUCAAUGCCCUGACAAAGGAAGUCCUGCACCCCGAAAGUCAGUCUCCCAAUGGGGUGAGGUUCCACUUCAUCGGAAUCUACCUGGAAGAACUGUCCAAAGUGGGCGGGAAAGAGCUCCUGGCAGAUCAAAACCUUCAGCUGAUCGAUCCGUUCUGCAAGGUUGCUGCCGAAACCAGAGACCACACUUUGGUGCAGACCAUUGCCCGCAGCGUGUUUGAAGCGAUUGUACACCCAUCCCCCUCAGCUUCAGAGGACCCCACGGCAGGGGCCAGCCCUCUCUCUGGAGAAGAACCUUGGACAGUGCCUGGCAAUGGUCACCCUAAGACCAAUGGAACUGCCGAGGAUGGAGACAGAGCUGGCGGCUUGGAGGCCUCAGGGCCACUGCUGCAGUUCAACUACAAGGCUGUGGCCGCCCGACUCCUGGAGAUGACCAGCCAGAAGGACACGCCCCCCUUCAACAGGAAGCGCCUCUCCAGGCUUGCCAAGAAGUUCCAGGACCUCUGCGAAGGUGAGGCCAUGUGGAGCCCUGUCACUGCUUGUGGCAGUGUGGCCCCACCAGGCCAGGCUCAGGACCUCCCUGUUCCCGGGGCUGAGCCAGCGCUUCACGGAGGGCGACAGCCGGAUGCAGGAGAGGAGCAGGCACAGACAGCCGGUGGGGAUGCACCAGGAAGCAACCCCCCGGCUGCCCAGGAGGAGCCCAGCAGAGCCCCCCGGAAGAGGAGGAGGAAGAAGAGGAAGAACCGUGCCCAGCAUGAACUCGGGACAGGGCCAGAAGCACCAAGCUCCCCUCAGAAUGCAACAGGGCCAGAGGCCCCAGCGCCCCCUCAGGACGGGGCCGGGCAGCCUAGGACAGGACUCGGUGAUGCUCAGAAGAGCUGCCUAGGGGAGUCACCCCCCACGCAUGUGAAGAGGAAACGGCCUCGAAAGAAGAGCCUCAAGUCCCUGGGGGUACACUCUGGGCUCCCUGAGGACAUGUCACCCUGCGGACCCCCACAGACACAGGAUACCCAGGUACCCAGGAAGAAGCAGAAACUCAGGGCCCUCCCAGCCAGCGGCUCUGGCUUCUCCACAAUGCCUCAGCCCGGCCCUACCAGGGAACCCAUGGAUACCAGUGAUGUGCCCAGCCCUGCCCUGCAGGGAGACGGCAUCCAGACACCUGGCCCCCCAGGAUCGGGUGACAGCGUUACACAGAAACCCACAGUACCCAGAAACAGCUCACCGCUGCAGAGCAGAAAGCUGAAGAGGAAGAAGGGGGUGCCAGGCCCCCUUGGUCCACACAGCCCAGCCUGCCCCAGACCCGCCAGCCUGGCGAAAAAGAAGAGGGUGACAGGGACACUCGGAUCCUGGCCGCCAGCGGGGGCACAGCGGGGACAGGGCCCCCUCACCCCGUCUCUGGGCUCUUCCAGGCGGCAGCCUGAGCCGGAGAAGGACUUUGUGCAGUUCAGUACCUCGUGCCUCCCCAAGCCACUCUUCUGCCGGAAGGCCAAGGGCAGCCUGGCCACCAGCGCUCCAUGCACCCCUGUGCAGCUCAGCAAGACACCGUCCAGCACCAAGAAAGUCACCUUCGGCUUGAGCAGAAACAUGACAGCAGAAUUCAGGAAGACAGACAGGAGCAUCUUGGUCAGCCCCACGGGCCCCUCCCGGGUGGCCUUCAACCCCGAGCAGCGGCCCCUCCACGGGGUGCUGAAGAGCCCCCGUUCACCCACCAGCUCCACGCCCACCACCAAGAAGCUGCUGCUCCCCACUGCCCAGCGGCGGCCCAGGGCCAUGGACUUCUUCUAGGUGGGACGAGACGACAACCAGGCAACUGCCACCAGCGCAGCUUUGGGUGUGGGUUUCCGUGCACUCCCCGGGUCCCCAUAAACUGCCUCUUAGAGUGUG